AACAUCUGAGUUCUCCGAUCUAUUUAAGUCACCAGUCUCAGUCACAAUUGAGACCGACUUGAAAAUGAGGCCCUUAUUUAGUAGCCUAUCAAGGGCUACAGCUUAUUCGAGCAAAUCGUUACAAAGAGGGGCACAACAGCAAUCGCAAAAUUCAUCAAUAUUCGACUCCGUAUGUCUACGUUGCCGACGUCAACAGCUACAAUUCCUACAAUUUCGGCAGCGCCAGCAGCGACAUUUUAAUACAGGAAACGGCAGACAUCUGUAUCAACAACCCGCCGAUGAUCCCCAAUGGGUAUCUCCCAUUGACCGACCCUCGCAGAUUGUGCGAGUUGGUCGUCGACAUGGUCCAGGAUUGAUUCUUUUAGCACUCAUCCCCAUAACAGCCUUCGUCCUCGGAACCUGGCAAGUCCAAAGACUUGACUGGAAAACCAAACUAAUCGCAAAAUUCGAAGAUCGACUCGUCAAACCACCCCUCCCGUUACCACCACGCAUCGAUCCCGACGUAAUCCCCGAAUUUGAUUACAGACGUAUCGUGGCCACAGGCGAAUUCCGACAUGAUCAAGAAAUGCUCAUCGGGCCCCGAAUGCACGAAGGUGAAGAAGGGUACAUCGUUAUCACACCCUUACAACGUACCAACACCGAAGAAUCCACCAAACCCGGAAAUGAGACCCAAAAUACAGUUCUAAUCAACCGAGGAUGGAUAUCGAAAAAACUCAAAGAUCAGAAAGAUCGACCUCAGGGUCUACCGCAGGGUGAAGUCGUGGUUGAAGGGUUAUUACGAGAACCAGUGAAAAAGAAUUAUUUCACGCCAGAUAAUCGACCGGAUAAAGGGGAGUUUUAUUUUCCGGAUGUUGAGCAAAUGGCGGAGUUGACGGGGAGUCAGCCUGUGUUGAUUGAGGAGACUAUGGUACCGGAUUUGAUUGAAUCGUUUGAUCGGACGGCAAAGGGUAUACCGAUUGGGCGUCCGGCGCAGGUGAAUUUGAGGAAUAAUCAUCUUCAGUAUAUAUUCACAUGGUACGGUCUGUCCUUAUCAACGGCGAUCAUGCUUUGGAUGGUUGUUCGCAAACGUCCGAAUGAAGCACUGCGUCGAGUUCGCCAAAGUAGAAAUAUGUAGAUCAUCUCUGCCCAGGUGGCGUUUGUAUGAUAUUUAUGUAUAAUACAUUUGUUUCUCAGUGGACUUCUCCUAUGUCGAUAAACCUCUGUAGGGCGGGUCUUGGUCUGCAUGUCCCGUCGCAUAUGAGAUGCGCUAUACACCCUGUCGAAUUCGUCGCAGCAUGUACAGUU